AAAUAUUAAAAUUAAUCUCUCCGUAUCUAUGGCUAUGAAGAAGAUGAGGUGCUUUCUGCUGUUUGUAGCUCUUCUCUUGAGCAUUGAAGUUGUUAAUGGUCAAGCGAAUGGAGUUGUCCGUCUUAAUUUGAAUGGAAGUGUAGAUCCAUCCAACACAGAAGGAGUUAUUGAAGUGUACUACAAUAACAAAUGGGGUUCUAUUUGUUAUUUAAAAGAUUUUAUAUUGUCAUUUACGUAUGAGUAUGUACCUGAUGUAGUGUGCCAUCAAUUGGGAUAUACUGGUGGAAACAUUGGCAGCAAUUCAGAGGUUGUCAAUACCAGUCCAGUUUUUAGUUUGGUAGCUUGUCAAGACUCAUAUCUUACUAUAAUGCAAUGUGCUUGCCACACUGGAAUUCCUUCAAACUGCACUUAUGAUAUGAAUCUUGAUAUCACUUGCUAUACUACAAGAAUAUGGGAUAAUCCAUACCCUGGAAUGGUGAGACUUCAAGGUGGGGAUUACACUGGUCAAGGAAUAGUACAAGUAUAUUGCAACAAUGAAUGGGCUGCAGUCUGUAAUGAUGGUGAUAUUGAGGUGGAAACUGGAUGGACUGUAUGCACUCAACUUGGUUAUAAUUUUUUUAGUGUUGAUGUAACGAACUAUACCGGCAAAGCAUGGUUGAAUAAUGUGGAUUGUAGCACCGAUGAUCCUGAUAAAGAUGUGCCAAGUUGCUUGUCUAAAUGUUCUGGAGGUAAAUGUCCUUCCAGUACUUUCUCAUGCAGUACUGCUCUCAAUGUAACUUGUGUACAUGGUAUUAGAUUUGAUCCAGGUGGUAUCAAAGAUGCUUGUAAAUUUGCUCAUAGUUUAAGUGGUGGUGCUAUUGCUGGCAUUGCAGUGUCUGGUUGGAUUUAUAAUUUUAGUUAUACUUGCAGCAUUGUGUAUUUGCUGCUGUUGUAAGCGACGCAGUGCUCCAGCCCCUGUUCAAGGAAGGUCUACAGAGAGAGAUAAUAUCUUGAAUAGAAGAAAUACUCCUACUAAUUACUCAAGAGUUUAAUAGUAACAUUGCUGAGUUUGCUGCUGUCCAUUUGUAAAAAUGCAUGUCUUUCUCCCCUUGUUUGUUGACUAGUAAUUAUUAAAUGCAAGUCUCUAUUUUUGUUAAAACUCUAUUUGCUGAUAUUAUUCCUU